GUCCAUCCCUUUCCUGUGCGGGCGGGGGAGGAAAAGAAACCUCGCUGGGAGGGGCAAAGGUUUCCGAAGCCCCACCCUGAUGCGAUGGGCUGGGUUAAAGUGCAGGGACCGAGCACAAGACAGCGCUGUGGCUAAUGGCGGAGGGGAGUCCUCUGGGAUCCCGGCUCGUAAAGUCUGCCCCGGGGGGAGAAGUGCCGCGGCCCAGACCGUGAUCGGGCCGGCCGGGUCCGGGGGUGGGGAGAGCCAUCGGGGCCGAAAGCGCCGCCAAGUUGAGAUUGUGAGGAAAACCCAACUUCCUGAAACUUGCCCGGCGCCCAGAACUUCACCGGCAGCGAGAACAGGAAAAGUUUUCAGCUCUGCUCUCCCCCAUUUCGUUUGGAGGGAUUCCCAGCCAGGAUCUGCCGGGUUUGCCGAGCGAGAAACUUACUUAUUUCAACCUGACAAUUCUUAAGGGUUUUUUUUUUGCGGGAAGUUUGAUCAGAGAGAGAGAGAGAAGAGGAGGGGCUACGAUCUUAAAGAGAGUCUUCCCCGGACGAGAUUGCCCCAAGUGGAGGCUGGGACGAGAUCCAGGUUUCCCCAUGAAGCGGUAGAGUGCUUUUGCUGGCCGGAGGAAGGGAUUUGUGGCGGGGUCUCUCUCCCCGAGGUGGGGAGGGGCCAGAUGGAGGCGGCUCUAAACAGGUAGGGGGCCCCCCCCACCCCCGAGCGAGAUCUCCCUCCGCCCCCUGAUGGAGCCCUUGAGGAAUAUAUUCGGCAGGGCCUCCUGGAGCUCCCCGAAGCCCCCGGCGGCCGAGCAGGCCGAGGCGGCCUACGUCAACCCCGUCUGGACGGCCCUGUUCGACUACGAGGCCCACGCGGCCGACGAGCUGACCCUGCGCAAGGGGGACCGGGUGGAGAUCCUCUCCCAGGACGCGGCCAUCUCCGGCGACGAGGGCUGGUGGGCGGGCAAGCUGCACAACCGGGUGGGCAUCUUCCCGGCCAACUACGUGUCCUUCAAGCCAGCGGGCUACGCCAAGCUGCCCGGGGCCCAGCCGGAGGAGCUGCCCGCCCCCCGGGAGGUGGCCUUCGGUGAGCUGACCCUCCAGGAGGUGAUUGGGGUCGGGGGCUUCGGCAAGGUGUACCGGGCCACCUGGAGGGGCCGGCUGGUGGCCGUGAAGGCGGCCCGGCAGGACCCCGACGAGGACAUCAGCGCCACGGCGCAGAACGUCCGGCAGGAGGCGCGACUGUUCGCCAUGCUGCGGCACCCCAACAUCAUCGGGCUGAUGGGCGUCUGCCUGCAGGAGCCCAACCUCUGCCUGGUCAUGGAGUACGCGUCCGGGGGGGCGCUGAACCGGGCCCUGGCCGGCCGCAGGAUCCCGCCCCACGUCCUGGUCAACUGGGCCGUGCAGAUCGGCCGGGGCAUGCGCUACCUGCACGACGAGGCCAUCGUCCCGGUCAUCCAUCGCGACCUCAAGUCCAACAACGGUAAGGAGCUUGGGCCCGGGGGGGGGGCGGGGGCGGUCAGGUUGCUCGGAUUUUGGAUUUAG